AAUCACCGUAAAACUGAUUGUAAUGAGUAUAGCUUAUGCUUCUUAAGUUUGUUUUUUCGGUAUAAUGCUAAAAAGGCUUAAAAAACGACGAAGACACGCCCAUUAAACUGUCACUUUGCACCUGUCAAACAAAAUGUAAACAAAUAAAAGUAGGGUUAGGAUACUUUUGAAAUGUGAAUUUUUUACUAAUAAAACUCCAUCCAGCAUGUCCCAACAAAAAUCUAAAAAAACGUCUCCCUGGUACCAAUGCGAGAAAUGCCAAACCUAUUUACUAAACAAGGACGUUGAAAACCACGAGAACUUUUGCCCUCCUAGACUGGAUGAAGUGCAGCACACCUUUAUCCACUCGGAGACCCUGUGUGGCAUUUUGGACACGAAAACUAACGAGGAAAUCGAAAAUUUAAGUAGCAGGGAAAAAGAUGGUCUGGUUUUUGUUAGUCAAGCUGCCAUGCAGCUAUGUAACUUCCCUAUCGGAGACUUUGUUUUACUUGCUUCGAACCAUCAAACAGUUGUGCCUAUGGUGCAAAAAGUUUGGCCAACCAACGAGAAGAGCCUCACUUCAGUACUAGUAACUAAAAAUUGCUUACAACAUUCCCCUUUUUCAUUAAAUGACAUAGUAACAGUUAGAAAAUUUGAUGACAGCACUUCAUAUAAAGCCUCUCAAGUAUCUGUAGUUCUUCUUGAGGGCCCCAAACUGUUAGAAAUCACUUCAGAACUUAAUAAUAGACUUUCAAAAUCAUAUGAAGGUUUGUAUUUGACUGAGGGCAAUACGGUUCAUAUAAUGUUUUAUGGGACAAGGUUGCAGUUUGAGAUAAAAGCUAUUGAGAAGAGGAUGGACGAGGAUAUUUGUAACUAUGUACAGAAGUUGUCUAUUGGGGAUUCUAGACCUUUUUAUUUGGUAGAUGCAAGUACCAAAUGGAAAAUAUACAGUAACAAAGGGUCAUUUGAAGAGGCAACUAAGAAGGGUCCCACCCACCAAAUUGCCGGUCUGGAUAAUGAAACUGAAGAAAUUAGAGAACUUUUAAAUGCCACCCUAAAAAAGCCAAAGAACUCCCAGUUUGUCCAGAGCAACUCUGUACUACUCUAUGGUAACUCUGGCACAGGAAAAACUGCCUUGGCCAAGCUGUUGGCCGAAGAAUCUAAAGCAAAUGUGGUAGAAAUCAAUGCGCCGGACUUGUACAGCAAAAACUCCACGAGUCCAGAAGAAACCAUUAAGGAAUUGUUUGAAAAUGCCAUUAAAAAUGCUCCCAGUGUGAUUAUUUUGGAUGAGGUUGACAUUUUGUGCCCCACUAGAAGUCGAAUCGCUGACUCAGAAAAAAGAAUGGUGUCAACAGUAUUGAUAUCAUUGGAUGCUAUAGCACAAAAUCGGCAGUUAAGGGUGUUUAUAAUAGCGACUACUAAUAAAGUGGAUAAUAUUGAUGUGGCUUUUCGAAGGUGCGGCCGAUUGGAUCGAGAAAUCGAAAUCCCCACCCCGAACCCCAGGUCUCGUAACUCCAUACUCAGGAAACUUCUUCUAGGCACGCACAACCUCUCAGACGACGAUUUUCAAGAAAUCUCACUCACCACUCACGGUUUUGUCGGGGCCGAUCUGGUUUCUCUCUGUUCCCAGGCCAGUUUAGUGUGCGGAAGAAGGACGGGUGACAAAAUCCAAUUGCAAGACUUUAAAGUGGCCUUGAGGAAAGUGAGACCGAGUGCAAUGAGGGAGGUUCAAAUCGAGGUGCCUAACGUGAAAUGGUCAGACAUUGGAGGUCAAGAUAAGCUGAAAUUGAUCCUGAGACAAGCGGUGGAAUGGCCUUUGAAGUACGCGGAUAGUUUUGUGAGGUUAGGGGUCACGCCGCCCAAGGGAGUGCUCAUGUUCGGCCCUCCCGGUUGCUCUAAGACAAUGAUCGCUAAAGCUUUAGCCACUGAGAGUGGCUUGAAUUUUUUAAGUAUUAAAGGUCCAGAACUGUUUAGUAAAUGGGUGGGCGAGUCCGAGAAGGCAGUCAGAGAAAUAUUCCGUAAAGCGAGACAGGUGGCGCCCUCGAUAGUGUUCUUCGACGAAAUCGACGCCUUGGGGGGCGAAAGGAGUGCCGGUUCGGCGACUAGCGUGCAAGAACGAGUUUUGGCUCAACUGUUGACUGAGUUAGAUGGAGUUACUCCGUUGGGCGACGUGACGAUUUUGGCGGCAACCAACAGACCGGAUAAGAUCGACAAGGCCCUUUUAAGGCCAGGACGGUUGGACAGAAUCGUUUACGUGCCGUUGCCCGAUGAUGACACUAGGAGGGAGAUUUUUCGGAUAAAAAUGUUAAAAAUGCCUACCAAAGGGGUAAAUCUAGAAGAACUAGUAACCAAAACAAAAAACUACUCCGGAGCAGAAGUGAACGCGGUCUGCCACGAGGCGGCCAUGAUGGCCCUAGAAGAAGACCUGCAAUCGACCCAAGUAGAAGCGCGACAUUUCGCGAAAGCUUUGCAGCUGAUCACCCCAAGGACCCCAAAUAGUUUACUUAAGAUUUACGAGGAUUAUAUGAACGUGAAAAUAUAGAAACUAAACAAAAUCA